AGUGUGGCAGACGGGACAAUGACAGUGCGGCUUCAGGACGCCCGAAGAAGCAGACUUGUUUAUCAGUACUGAAGUGAGCUAAUGGCCCGAGUUGUUUUGCUGUGAGGGAUGCUCCGAGUCCACAAACACUGGCAGGCACUUUUGUUAUGAGAGCUUCGUGUUACAGACAUAUGGUUGUUUUUCAGAAAACAUUUAACCUUCAUCGAUACUUUUUGGCCCUGGUAUAAAAAGAUGGUAUAAAAGAUGUAACUGCAGGUUCAUGGUGCACUUUUAUUGGUUUAAAGUCUAAUAAAAUGAGAUCCUUCCUCUCUGUGUGCGUGUUUUGCGGCUCCUUCACUAUUGUUUAUUGUGGCCUGCCUCUGUUUAAAAGUAGAAAUCCUGUUCAACAUAAACCUGCAGGAAGUUUAAACAAAGCACUACUCUUAGUAGUCCCACGGGAGAGUUGUUUAAGAUUGUGCAAGCAGUGUUUUUUUUUUCUUUCUUUCUAAUUGAAGUCAUCAGAGGCAGACAAAAGACACGGCAGUAGAUGGCAGCUGGUCUGACACAGAUCUGCUGUCAGGGCAGAAAUCACUCUGAGCUCCUCCAGGUCAUCACAGGAGAGAGAAGUAAUUAUCUCAAGGGGGGAAAAAACUAAACAAAAAACAUACUUUUGAUGUUGACCAAAAUAUCGUUUGAUACUGUGGCAGUCUCGAGGCUUUGUAGAGGUUUAAAUAAAAAAAUUCCAGACACCACAUCUGUAAUUAUUCUCCCCCCUCAGUGAUCUCCUCAUCUCUCUUUGAGCUUUGGUGAUGUUUUAGCAAGCUGACUGUUUUUUCCUUGAUGUAUCCAGGAGCAGCCACCUCACGCCCAGUAUAUUUCCAUGAGAACAUGACCUCCCCUUUGAAACAACAAAAGGUCUGAUUAGAAGAAUAGUUAAAUGUUGUUUAGGGUGGGGGUGAGCAAAAGAAUGGGUGUCCACUGUUCAACAAUGAGUAGCACAAAACUGGUACAAGAGGCUUUGUGUGAACUUGGUGUAAGUUUUCCUGAGGGAAAGCUGUGUGUGUGGGAUCUGAGGCUGAACUAGAGUCAAAAAAGGGAGUGAUCUAAUCUUUAUUUAUUUAUUCAUGUAUUUAUUUAUUUGUUUAGUUGACAGAUGUGUGACAGCGAUCAAAUAUGGGCUGUGUGCUAAGUUACAUGCCUGUCAUGACUCAAGUCAAGCUUCCCAUUCAACAUAUGUUAGUGGCUUAUUUUCUGUUGCUUCGGUCGGCUCUUUGCAGCGGAUCUUGCUAAACCUGUAUGAGAACAGGCUGUCCAAAUCAGGCAGGUAUGGCAGCUGCUGUCUGGUCAGGGGGUAGUACUCCCAUGGCUCACUAACAACCCUUUACCUAGGAUUUAAUUGGGGGGGGGAACAACAUCUUAGGUUGUUCUUUCACACAAUAAACUGCCUUUCCGUCGCACUAAGAGGACUCGCCUCAUUGUGUUAUUUUUGCUGUGGCAGAACAGAUUGUGAUUAGUUAAGAUACUGCUGUUGAACCUUAAGCUUCCUUAUUGCAGCUGAGGUGGCAAGUCCUCACGAUCAAACUGCCUGCAGUUGUGUUGUAAAAAGACUUUGUGAGGGAGAUAAUGGAAAGAUAAAUUUGCUGCGCUUAUGCAAUCCCAUUGACGGGCAUUUCACUCCGAUUAAGGCUCACUUAGAUCUCCUCGGGCUAAAUCGCUACAUACACAUUUGGACUGACAGGAAAGCAUUCACCUGUGAUCGUGCUUUGAAAGAGACGUAAAUUAUACCUUGUCGUAAAUUUGUAGCUCAGUCUUUCCCGUCUCGUCUAAUCCUGACUCAUUACCUUAGCGGGCUGGAUGUGUUAUGUGACUAGUGGGAGGAGUCUUCUUGUAGAUCUACAGUUCGCUCAACGUGUUCUCUCACUUUCACCUGGUGUACCGAGUGCUGGCUGUCUCUUCACCUGACAGUCAGGAAAAGUGCAGAGUGCGUUUAAAGUGUGUGAGGGUGGGAACUGUAGGUCUGGCAAUGUCUUCAAAAAGUGCCUUGGAGGUGUAUAAGGAGAUGGUGCUGCUGUAUUUGGAGGAGGGCCGGCAGCAGGUGAACUCGCGCUGCGCCCAUCUGGAGCCGUGGCAGAUCAUCGGAGUGACAGUGAUCACCACAGUGGGAGCACUAUGGGUCAAAGGCUUCCUCUUCCAGCAAGAAAGUCUGACAUCACGAAUCAAGAAGCAGUGCUUUAGACUCAUCAGAAAAAUACCCUUCGUCGGCGGGGCAAUCCAGAGCAAGCUGAACAAGGCUUUGGAUGACAUGUCUGCUAGUCUAUGUACCCUCAAGGAAGGGAUGAGCUACACCACAGAGCUUCCCUCCAAAGGUCUCUCUCAGGCCAAAGUAAUGGAGAAAAUCAAGGAGUAUGACACCCUGAAUGAGGUGAAGUGGGAGAAAGGAUUGGUUUCUGGGGCAGUGUACUGGGGUGAUGAGUCACUGACCAAACUCCUAGUGAAGGUAUAUGGAGAUUUUGCAUGGAGCAAUCCACUCCACCCAGACAUUUUUCCUGGCGUACGGAAGAUGGAAGCAGAGGUUGUCAGAAUGGCUUGCACACUCUUCCAUGGUGGGCCUAACUCCUGUGGCACAGUCACUUCAGGAGGAACCGAGAGCAUACUGAUGGCCUGCAAAGCAUACAGAGACAUGGCAUACGAGCGAGGCGUCAAACACCCUGAAAUCCUUGCACCUGUGAGCGUCCACGCAGCUUUUGACAAAGCGGCACAUUAUUUUGGGAUGAAGCUGGUUCACAUUCCUCUCGACAAGAAAACUAUGAAAGUGGAUGUGAAGGCCAUGAGGAGAGCCAUCAGCAAGAACACAGCCAUGCUUGUCUGCUCAGCUCCCCAGUUUCCUCAUGGAAUCAUAGAUCCCAUUGAGGAAGUAGCCAAGCUGGCUGUACGCUACAACAUCCCAAUGCAUGUGGAUGCCUGUCUGGGUGGUUUUCUUAUUGUGUUCAUGGCCAAGGCUGGUUACCCACUCGCCCCAUUUGACUUCAGGGUAAAAGGUGUUACCAGCAUCUCUGCAGACACACACAAGUAUGGCUACGCCCCCAAAGGUUCCUCAGUGAUCCUCUACAGCGAUAAAAAGUACCGUCAGUACCAAUACUUUGUAGCUGCUGACUGGCAAGGGGGGAUCUAUGCCUCACCCUCUAUAGCGGGCUCCAGGCCAGGAGGAAUCAUCGCCGCCUGCUGGGCGACCAUGAUGUAUAUGGGAGAGAACGGCUACGUAGACGCCACCAGGAAGAUCGUCAGCACAGCUCGCAAGAUCAAAACAGAAAUCCGCAAGAUUAAAGGGGUGUUUGUGUUUGGGGAUCCGGAGGUGUCGGUGGUGGCCAUCGGCUCGCAUGAUUUUGAUAUUUUCCGUCUGUCUAACGCACUGACGUCAAAGGGCUGGAAUCUGAACACGUUGCAGUACCCGUCCAGCAUCCACAUUUGCUGCACAGUUUUGCACACUCAGCCAGGGGUCGCUGAUCACUUUAUUCGUGAUGUCAAAGAGCAGGUCGCCAUCAUCAUGAAGAACCCCAAAGAGAAAACUACAGGAAAGGGAGCGAUCUACGGCAUGGCCCAGGCCAUCCCAGAUAGAUCCCUGGUCACGGAGAUCUCCCGAGGUUUCUUGGACUGUCUCUACAGCACUGAGGUGACCAAGUCAAACAUCAGCCACAUGAAUGGCAACGGCAAAGCCCACUGA